AUGAAGUUCACCUCCACUACCAUCCUAGCUCUCGCCGCCCACCUGGCUCCAAUUUCUGCCGGUGUCGCUCCUACGGCUGCCGAGGAAUGCGGUGCCCUUGGUGUCAUGUCUUCAACGGAUGCCGCUAUCGAAGCUGGUGUUAACCCCUCCGAGAUCCGCAAGUGCAAGGAGCAUCCACUGUCCCUUGUCAGCCGCGAAGAGACAAACCUAUUUGCUCGAGACUGCUGGUGGGGUGACGACUACGGGUGCACUGACAACUACUGUUGGCAGAAGUGUAAUCCCAAAGAGGGCCAUUGGUGCUGGACGGCAUGGGGUAACGGCUUUGGUGAUUGGAGGAAAUGCCAGAAUAAGGGAGACUGCAACCCUGGUACAAAGAACACUGCUUGUGGUCAAGGCAACUGCGAGAAGUGCGGCUGCAGUUGCUGA